AUGCCUGUCUCCUUUGCGCGUCUGGCCGGCCCCGCGGCGAAGCGAGUGUGCCUCAACGCCUCCCGACCUCAGCUCCGAACCGCAAUCCCUUCACGACCCAUUGCGCGAUGCCUGUCGACCACAUUCCCCCGCCGAUACGCUGAAGUCGAAGAGAGCCAGCGGACACGAUUGGUGGCGACCGAUUCCAACUUCGGUGGCGUUGCACCGGCCGAGACAGCCCAGGAAACGAGGGCUGAGGAGGACGACCAUGUAGACACCAGGAAGAUUCGGCAUUACACGGUCAACUUCGGACCCCAGCAUCCCGCUGCCCACGGUGUGUUGCGCUUGAUUCUGGAGUUGAACGGAGAGGAGAUCGUGCGCGCCGACCCACACGUUGGACUGUUGCACAGAGGAACAGAGAAGCUCAUCGAGUACCGCACAUACCUCCAGGCCCUGCCCUACUUUGACCGACUCGACUAUGUCUCUAUGAUGACCAACGAGCAGUGCUUCUCGCUGGCUGUCGAGAAGCUACUGAACAUCGAUAUCCCAAUUCGCGCCAAGUACAUCCGUACCCUGUUCGGCGAAAUCACCCGCAUUCUGAACCAUCUCAUGUCGGUUUUGUCCCACGCCAUGGAUGUUGGUGCUCUGACGCCUUUCUUGUGGGGUUUCGAGGAGCGUGAGAAGCUCAUGGAAUUCUAUGAACGUGUUUCUGGUGCCCGUCUCCACGCGGCCUACGUCCGCCCUGGUGGUGUGUCACAGGAUCUUCCCCUCGGUCUGCUCGACGACAUCUACCAAUGGGCUACUCAAUUCGGUGACCGUAUCGACGAGACUGAGGAGAUGUUGACGGACAACCGUAUCUGGAUUGGCCGUACAAAGGGUGUUGGUGUUGUCUCAGCUGCUGACGCCAUCAACUACUCCUUCUCCGGUGUUAUGCUUCGAGGAUCUGGUGUUCCCUGGGACGUCCGCAAGUCGCAGCCGUACGACGCCUACGACAGGGUUGAUUUUGAUGUCCCAGUUGGCGUCAACGGCGACUGCUAUGACCGUUACCUCUGCCGUAUGGAGGAGUUCCGUCAGUCGCUUCGUAUCAUCCACCAGUGCUUGAACGACAUGCCAGCUGGCCCCGUCAAGGUCGAGGACUACAAGAUCGCGCCACCACCACGUGCGGCCAUGAAGGAGAACAUGGAGGCGCUUAUUCACCACUUCCUGCUCUUCAGCAAGGGUUACACCGUCCCACCUGGUGAGACAUACAGCGCCAUCGAGGCCCCCAAGGGAGAGAUGGGUGUCUUCCUGGUCUCAGACGGUAGCGAGAGGCCAUACAGGUGUAAGAUUAGGGCACCCGGAUUCGCCCACCUGGCCUGCAUGGACCAAAUCUCAAGAGGCCAUUUGCUUGCAGAUGCCGUCGCCAUCAUUGGCACAAUGGACUUGGUAUUUGGUGAAGUUGACCGGUGA